AUGGAUGAAAGGCCCCAAAAUGGAGCUGAGCAAAACCUGAAAAAGCAUCAAGGGCGGAAACAGGCUGGAAAAGGUCACCAGACCCCUAAGAAGCCCAAACCAGAAGCAGUCGGACUUAAUACUAGCACUAAUUCUAAAUCAAAGAAGAAGUACAGAAAGUCGAAAGAUGCCGCUGUUCGCUCCUCGGCUCAAUAUAAGCUAGUGUUGCGGCAACUGCCGCCCAAUUUAAUGGAGGAGCAGUUUUUCGACACUGUUUCUGCGGCGGUAGGCUCGGAUUUUUUGCAGCAACACGUUGAGGACCGUUACUUCUUCAAAGGGCACUUUUCCAGAAAACCCUUCAAGCUGCCGACUUACUCUCGAGCUUACAUGACCUUCAAUGAAGCCGAAAAGCUGCAAUUUUUCGCUAAAUCAGUCAGCGCCGUUACCUUCGUGGACGAUACCAACAACUCCAUGGUUCCCACAGUUACACUGAGCCCUUACUUGAAAAAACUUAGAACCGAAGAAAGCAAGGGCUUAAGAAAGACCAAGGAUUUAAUUGAGGGGACCAUUGAACAGGACAGGACAUUCCAGACGUUCUUAAAGUCCUUAGACCUUUUAGAAAAUCACAAGCAAGAAUAUCAAUAUGCAGAUCUAAGUGUCAUCAUGCCGCUUGAAAAGGCGCUUCGCCGCAAGCUGGAAGAAGAGGCACGGGUUAAAGCCCAGGGCGAAAAGGCUAUGAUUGCACUGGCUGGGCAGGUGGCGAAGGAAACGACAAAGGCGAAGAAGAAAAAGAAGAAGAAGAAGAAUAAAGCCGCUACUGAGGGGACGGAAGUCAAAAAGAAAAGGCCUCAAAGCACAACUGCAAGCACUAGCCAAGAGAAGCAGAACAUGGUAAUAAUCGAAGCUGCGGGCAGACGAGAAUUGCAAAGAAGAGAAAGGAUCAAAAAGAAGUCCGAAAUCAAAGAGAAGAAGGCUGCAGCCGCAAAUUCAGCAAAUCCUGCAGACGCCAAUGUUAGCAAAGCGGCUUCUGUUAAGGCUAAAGGUAAAGCAGCCAAGAAGAACAAGAAUAAGCGGCCAAACUCUAAAAACAAGAAGAAAAAUGAGGCCAAGGACAAAACUGCAGAUGCUUCCAGCGAUAAAAGUGUGCCCAAAACAAAGCCAAAGCCGAAGCCCCAAAAGAAAGAGUCUAACGAGUGA